UUCGAGGAGCUGGGGUUGACCUCAAAGGCUCUUCUUGACAACCUCAACGCUAACGGAUUCUUCACUCCAACUCCUGUGCAGAAGUCUUCCUUCCCCAGGAUCCUAGAGGGGUCUGACAUCAUUCUGAGCGCCUACACCGGCAGCGGAAAGACUCUCGCCUUCGUCCUCCCCAUCGUCCAGAAGCUCCUCGCACAGCUCGACUCCCUUGACCGCAAGGGCCCCUCCUUCCUCAUCGUCGCUCCGAGCAGAGAGCUAGCCAUCCAGAUUCUCAGGGUUGUGCAGUCAGUGAUCGUUGGAACAGAACUGUUCGCCACUCAAGCUAUCGGAGGAGCGAACAUUCAGCGCCAGAUCGAGGCCAUCCGUAACAGCCGGCCCCACAUCCUUGUAGGCACACCAGGACGCAUCGUUGAGCUCGCGUCGAAGAUGGGCGCCAAGAUAAGACUGCAGGGGGUGAAGUAUCUCAUCGUGGACGAGGUGGACCAGUGCCUGAAGAAGGCCAUGCAGUCUGACCUCAAUCUGAUCCUCCAAGCUUGCUCCUCUCCUGCCCGUCAGACCAUCUUCGCCAGCGCCACGGGCAACGUGAACAACGUCAAGUCGCUAGCGCAGUCGAGCUUCAGGAAGGAGCCUCUCUUGCUGGACCUUGCAGGGCUCCGGCUCCCCCCCCAGCUCAGACAUUGUGUAAUUGUGACCCCCCGCGUGAAGAAGAUCGCGCUGGUGAAGAAGAUCUUCAACCUCAACGGUAUGACAGGGCUGCUUGUCUUCGUCAACGAUCAGAGGAGGGUAGACAUCAUUUGCGACAAGCUCUUCGAGAACGGCCUGAUCGCUGCCCCCCUCAAGGGCGAUGAGUCCAAGGAGGACAGAAAGGAGGUGAUGCGACGAUUGCGCGAGGGGACGCUCGGGGAGGUGCCGCUGGUGGUGGCGACUGAGAUCGCAGCGAGAGGGAUCGAUAUCCCCGGCCUCAGCCACGUUGUCAGCCUUGACCUCCCCACCGAUGCGAACCACUACGUUCAUCGAGCAGGGAGGACGGCGAGAGGAGGGGCUGAGGGGACCUCGAUUGUGCUCUGCGAGCCACAGGAGAAGUUUGUGGUGGAGAAAUUCUGCAAGGAGCUGGGUCUUGACUUUCAGUAUGGACAAGUUUACGAGCAAGAGCUGAUCGCAGAUGAGAUGGAAUGA